UUCCUCCCACUUCCGCACCGCUCCUUCAGCCGCUGUCAGAAAAGGGACACAGCAGCUAUCAAGCGUAAUGCUAUCGCGGUCCAGAUGUGCAUACCGGACGCUUGGUCGUUCUCUGUCUGCAGUGAGUCAGGCCAAUAAUGUGCUGGUCCGAAAAAGUGCAUCAGGCCUUCCUACCUGCAGCCAGCUAGUUUACAGGAAUUCUCCGCUAUGUGAAUUUUCAUCAUCACCGAAUGUCCUCCACGUCAGAUACUUCAAGACAUCUGCUGUUCACAGGGAUGAGGUAGUCACAGUGAAAACUCCUGCAUUCGCAGAGUCUGUUUCAGAGGGGGAUGUGAGGUGGGAGAAAGCUGUGGGUGACUCGGUGACAGAGGAUGAGGUGGUGUGUGAAAUUGAGACUGACAAGACCUCAGUACAAGUCCCCGCACCAGCAUCUGGUGUCAUUGAGGAGCUGCUGGUUCCUGAUGGAGGGAAGGUAGAAGGAGGGACGCCACUCUUCAAACUCCGAAAAGGAGCUGUUGCUGCCAAAGCUGCCCCCUCCCCAGCUGCAGAGGCACCAGCUGCAGCCCCUCCUCCUCCACCACCACCAGCGUCAGCCCCCGCUGCCAUGCCUCCAGUGCCACCACCGGCUGCCCCAGCCAGACCCGUUUCUGCUGUCAAGCCAACCGCUGCACCUCCUGCACCAGCUCCUCCAACAGCAGGAGCCAGAGGAGAAAACAGGGUGAAGAUGAACCGCAUGAGGCUGAGGAUCGCCCAGAGGCUAAAGGAGGCUCAGAACACCUGCGCCAUGUUGACCACCUUCAACGAGGUGGACAUGAGCAACAUUCAGCAGAUGAGGACGGUCCAUAAGGAUGCUUUCCUAAAGAAGCACGGCAUCAAACUGGGUUUCAUGUCUGUGUUUGUGAAAGCUGCAGCACACGCUCUGACUGACCAACCUGCUGUUAAUGCUGUCAUCGAUGAUACAACCAAAGAGAUCGUCUACAGGGAUUACGUAGACAUCAGCGUCGCUGUGGCAACUCCAAAGGGGCUUGUUGUACCAGUGAUCCGUAAUGUGGAAACAUUGAACUUCACUGGCAUUGAGAAAGCCAUCAAUGCAAUGGGAGAAAAGGCUCGUAAUAAUGAGCUUGCUGUGGAAGAUAUGGAUGGAGGCACCUUCACCAUUAGUAAUGGUGGUGUGUUCGGCUCCAUGUUCGGCACGCCCAUUAUCAACCCCCCACAAUCUGCCAUCCUGGGCAUGCACGGCAUCUUUGACCGACCUGUAGCUAUCGAUGGCAAGGUGGAGGUCAGGCCCAUGAUGUACGUGGCACUGACAUAUGACCACCGACUCGUCGACGGCAGAGAGGCGGUCACUUUCUUACGCAAGAUCAAAGCGGUGGUGGAAGAUCCCCGCGUGUUGCUUCUGGACAUGUGAUGUUUCUUCCCACACAUUACUAUUAUUUAAAGAUAGUUGAGCUGCAGAAAGUUAACUCCAUGUCACAUGAGACCGCCUACAUGACCUCUGUUGUCCUUUUAAUGGUUCAGUCAGACUUCAUGUACAGCUUAAAUAUAUAUCACAUUAUCAGAAAGUUACCCCAGGAUGAUGCUUCAAAUGGGCCUUAGCUAAAUCAAAGCAGAUUGCUCUUCAUCUUCUAUCCGUUUCUUAUUGCUACAUUGGAAUUCAGCAAAAAAAUGAUUUACAUUAUACAACCAUUGACAGAAAACUUGUACGGGUUCAACUGUUAAAAGAGACUCUCAUAUAGAUAGUAAUCGCUGCAUGCAGUCGUGUAAUAAUGAAACGAAAUGGCUUUUCCAGGCAAAAGUUGGCUACUUGACAUUCACUCUGCUCAUUAGUCGGUGCUGCUGAGCCACUUUUUCCACCGCAGUUCAAAUUAAUUCAAGAUGUUUUCAAUGUUAAUUCAAGAUGUUUUCAAUGGUAACACAGGAUUUAACGAAUUCCUUGGUUUGCUGCUAGUCCUCGUUACUAGAAACAGUCUGAAAAAAAAUCCACAACCUGUCUGACUAGCUCAGUUAUAUUCCUGCUUGACCAGUCAUUCUUGUCCUGUCUUUUUAACAUUCGUUUCAGCCUUUCUUUUCCUUAUCGUGGAGGUUCUCAGUUUAAAGGAACAUUGUGAGCUUUUAGUCAAACAGACACAUGAACUCACUUUGGCAGAACCUGUUCAAAACAAUUUUUGUUUUUGUAAUGUAUAAACAGUGUAUUGUUACUUAACAGGCAAUAUGUUGGGAGUAAUGUUCAAAAUGCACAAUUCUGCUUCAGGACUUUAUGUUGAGUUCCGACGCUCCUAUAUAUAAAAUACUUGUAUCUAUUUAAAGAACCAAUUUUAAACAUUAAACAUCUCAAGAGUUUUAUGUUCUUAAA